AUGUCGGAAUCACGUCAGCCUCGGACGAAUGGUGCCCGUUGCCCUGUAGCACAUCGGGCCGCAGAUCCAGAAGAUCUCGAACAAGACUUUACGACACCUGGGAUUCAAGGGACUUUGGGAUGCCCGUUUGCAAAGAUGUCAAAUGGUCGACCUCACAUACACAAUAUUCAGGAAGAUCCCAUAGCGGCGGAGUUCCACCAGGAUGGGAAUUCUGUCCGGUUGCCCAACCCUGACCAACGACCCGGUCAAUGUCCCAUUCGUUUUCUCGAUCAACAUUCCCCGGAAGAAGUCGCCAAAUAUUUUGAAAAUCAUAAACAUGAAAUUCCCCGGAGUCACGAGAUUUGUGUUAGGAGAUAUCAGCAGAACGAGAGCAGUGCUCGACAACUGGACGCCAAAUACGGCAACCUCGUAAACAUGAUACAGGGUCUGGGAGUCAAACACAAGGCAUACUUACCGGAGAGGGAUCGAACUGAAGAACGAGACCAAAGUUCAAGCCAUACGGUUGAGAAAUGGGCAGAACACGUCAGCCACGAUCCAGGGUGUCCUACCCAGGAACCUAUAAUCUCAGACGGUGAACCAAGAAUAUCAGUAUUUGAAAAGCCCCUUCGGGAGGUCCGGGUGGGAGAAUCUCCUAGUCGGCCUUGGGGCAUUUCUGUUCCUCCGGACAAAGAGCCGUCACCCAGUGCUUUGCAGUCAGAGGAUGGAGUGGCUCAUCUGAUAGUUAAGUCGGAGAGCUCUCAGGCGAUUCCCGAAAGAAAGUCGCCUAAACAUCCCGUGGACCGUAGCCAGGGGGAUGAGCCUCGAAAGAAACCUGAACCACAAGAUGAUGGUGAAUUCAAUGAUGUUCGGAGGGACCGGACACAGAUCAUAUUCAAUGGUCCAGUCUUUUUUGGAUACUCAGCCGAGCAGGUAGCGAACUUGCUUCAGAAUACCAGCCUUGGAAUGCCGAAACCUGAAACCUAA